AUGGAAAACUAUAAGGGGUUACAGUUUUUAGGCACAAAAGAAGUAGGGAGCAAUUUUUAUAAAAAGGAUGGUAAUUUUUUAAAUAUAAAAUAUAAUAAAGAUGAAGAUUCAAAUUUUGUUUAUUCAAAUUAUGAACAUAGUGAAAUUGAAGUAAAAAAAGAUGUAAAAAAUGGAACAAUAGAAUGUAAAGAAAUAAAAAAUAAUUAUAAAAUAAUGACUGAAAAAAUAAAAACAAAAAAAUUAGGAAUAUUAAUAAUUGGAAUUGGUGGAAACAAUUCAACAACUAUGUUAGGAGGAAUAUGUGCAAAUGCAAAAAAAAUAACAUAUUUAGAUAAAUAUGAAAAAAAAAAACCCAAUUAUUUAGGUAGUAUAUUUUUAUCAUCUAAUAUUAGAUUAGGUUAUAAUAAAAUAGAUAAAGAACAUUAUUAUUGCCCUAUAUAUAAUCUAAUCGAAUUAUAUAAUCCCGAAAAUAUUGUUUAUGGAGGAUGGGAUAUUAACAAUUUGAAUCUAAAAGAUUGCUUAAUAAGAAAUAAAGUUUUUGAUUAUAAUUUGGUUGAGCAAAUAAAAAAUGAUAUGAAUUAUGUACCAUUAAAAAGUGUUUAUUUUAAAGGAAAUUUUAUUGCAGCUAAUCAACAAAAAAGAGUUAAUAAUAUAUUAGUUGGAAAUAAUAAAUUAGAAAUUAUGGAAAAAGUAAGAAAGCAAAUCCAAAAAUUUAAAAAAGAAAAUAAGUUAACUGAUAUUAUAGUAUUAUGGUCAGGUAAUACUGAAAAGAAUAUACCACAUAUUCCAGGAAUUAAUGAUACAUUUCAAAAUAUUUUAUUAGCAUGUCAAAAUAAUCAUGAAUCAAUUUCUCCAAGUAUUAUAUAUGCCUUAGCAUCUAUUUUAGAAAAUUGCCCAUUUAUAAAUAGCAGUCCUCAGAACACUUUGGUAAAUGGUGUUGUUGAAUUAGCUGAACAAAAGGGAAUAUUUAUAAUUGGGAAUGACUUAAAAACUGGUCAGACUAAAAUAAAGAACCUUCUUUUGGACACCUACUUUGGGACAGGACUAAAACCCAAAAGUAUUGUCUCGUAUAACCAUUUAGGAAAUAAUGAUGGAAAAAACCUUUCUUCAGAUAGCCAAUUUUAUAGUAAAAAAAUUUCCAAAAGUAAUUUGAUAUGUGAUUAUGUAAAGGCUAACGAAAAUUUAUAUAUAGAUGAUAAUUUUGAUGAUGUAUAUACAAAUAAAGAUGAUGAUUAUUGUAAAGGAGACAGUUUGAUACAAACAAAUGUAGAGAAUGAGGAAAUGGAAAAUGAAUAUAACUAUUCUGAUGCUAUUGAAAAACAAAAAGUAAAUAGUGAAAUAGUAAUAAAAUAUAUUCCAUAUGUAGGAGAUGAUAAAAAAGCUAUGGAUGAAUAUAUUAGUGAAUUAUUUAUGAAUGGAAAAAAUACAAUAUCUUUAUAUAAUGUUUGUCAAGAUUCUUUAUUAGCAUCUCCUAUCUUAAUUGAUCUUAUACUUCUUGUUGAAUUAUCACAAAGAAUUUAUUUUAAAUCUGAAAAAAUGAAUGAAAAUAAAACUAAUGCAUCUUUAACUAGUACUAUUAAGGUUGGCAAUUAUGAAUUAAAGCAUGAUAUAUUAAGUAACAAAUAUAAUGGUUACAGAAAAAUGAAUAGUGUUUUAUUCCUUUCAAGCAUUUUUUGCAAAUCGCCUUUUAAUUCUAACGAAUAUAAAACCAGACACUCAUUUUUUUCACAAAUUGAGAGCUUGUUAAAUUUUGUUAGAGUAAUAUCUGGCUUCCCUAUAGAUGCACACGUAGAUCUGUCUUACAUGGUUUAG